AUGUCUAAACCACCUCCUCCAGUGGUUCCUAGAAAGCCUUCAGGUGUCCGAGUCAUGAUGAUUCCUGGGGAGCAGCCUCGUCCUAGUGCCCUGCCCAUCUACACAGACUUUAACAAAGAAAAAGGUGCCAGUGUGAAGUCAAAUCAUACAUCUCUACUGAAUGCAGAGAGGGAAGUGGAGAUUCUGAACCACUGUUUUGAUGACGUGGAGCGAUUCAUGUCACGCUUGCAGCAAACAGCUGAGGCCCAGAGUGUUCUUAACCAAAGGAAGAAGAAGAGCACCAGGAAGAGCAAGAAGGUGGACCAAGAUGAUGAUUUGUUGACCUUGAAAGCUUUCCCUCCAUCGGCGGAAGAAUUUGUGGACCUCUUUCAGAAAAUCAAGUACUCCAUCAGUCUGCUGGACCGUCUCAAGUCAUCCAUCUCAGACCCUGACGCACCGCAGCUCCUGCAUCAUGUCUUUGUGCCUUUUAGACUGAUGGUGAAAACCACUGGAGGGCCAGAUUUAGCUGCAACAGUUGUCAGUCCCGCUCUGACCAGUGGUGCUGUUUCACUAAUGCAGGAGCAUCUGACUGAAGAGGAAAAGGAACUCUGGACCUCAUUAGGCCCCAACUGGACUUCACACUGUUCGCAGCUUAGUGUGUCAGUUCCUCCGUACUCACCUGUCUUCCUGGAUGGGUGGAAGCCUCAAAUCUUCAACUCAACUGGCCAGCCUCUGGAAGAUCCUAUCGAGUCACAACACAAACAGGAUGCUGUCAGGGAAAGCAGGGCGGCGCAAACUCUACAGGACCGAGCACAACCGACAGCAGACGGCACUGAUGUAGUAGACGGAAAUGGGCUCCCGCCAGAGGGUGAGAGACUUUACUGCUGCAGUUAUGACUUUGUGGCUAGAAACAGCAGUGAACUCUCAGUGCUUCAAGGAGAAACUCUAGAGGUCAUUGAGUCAUCAAAGAGAUGGUGGAAGUGUCAGAAUCGCUUUGACCAGAUAGGAUUUGUUCCCUCAAACAUCUUGGAGCCUCUGUCUGCUCUGAAUAACACUGGGAGACAAAGUCCAGUGGUACGCAGAGAGUCAAAGAAGACACCUCUUACUCCUCAGUCAAAGUACUUUUCAUAUGCUCCACCAAGCCCAGUUGGGACCAGUCCUACAACUGCAAGCCCAACAAUGGGACCUCCGAGUAUGGUUUUACCAUCCACAUCAAUGCACGGAGAGGACGAUGACCGAGUGCUGAUAAUGAAUGAUGAGCUUCUUCAGAGGCUAGCUGGGAAAAGAGGCUCGGCCCGUCCUCUGGUGGUCCCGCGUGCAGCUGACACUUCUGAUCCACUGAAUUACCACUCGCCACCUGCUGAGGUGGAGACCUGGCUCACUGCCAAGGGCUUCAGUCAGGAGACAGUCCAGAGUCUGGGCAUUUUAAAUGGAGCGCAGCUUUUUUCCCUGAAUAAGGAGGAGCUCCGCGCAGUAUCGCCAGAGGAAGGUGUACGAGUUUACAGUCAAAUAAUGAUGCAGAAGGCCCUGCUCGAGGAUGUGCGCAAAGCCACAGAACUGGAGACGGUGAUGGAGAAGCAAAAGCUGAAGAUCGACCUGAACUCAGAGAGUGCAAUGGUGUGAUGGAGCAAUUUAACAUGCUCUAAUGCAGAAGUGGCACCAAAG